UGGCGGGCGGUUGGCGUUGCGCAGAAGGCGGCGGUAGCGGAGGCUUGUGGUGCGGCCUCACCACAGAGGAACAGGGCUGGCGUUAGUGUGAGUGAUUACUCUCGAUCCCGGGAACCCGGUGGCCUUACUCCUUCCGGUGGAACAUUGUGCAACAUGGGCAAGAAAAGCAAGAGGACAGCUGAUAGUUCUUCUUCAGAGGAUGAGGAGGAAUAUGUCGUGGAAAAGGUGUUAGACAGGCGCGUGGUUAAAGGGCAGGUGGAGUAUCUGCUGAAGUGGAAAGGCUUUUCUGAGCCAGGUUCUGAAGCUGCUGACCUUGAAAACAGCUCCCACGUGCCCUUUACAUCAUGGUGCUCUUCUGGGGCCCCUGAUAGCAUUCUCAGCAGUACUGGCGGCUGUCAGCAGAGCAAUGAUAUCGCUCGGGGCUUUGAAAGAGGACUGGAACCAGAAAAGAUCAUUGGGGCAACAGAUUCCUGUGGUGAUUUAAUGUUCCUAAUGAAAUGGAAAGACACAGAUGAGGCAGACCUGGUUCUCGCAAAAGAAGCUAAUGUGAAAUGUCCACAAAUUGUGAUAGCAUUUUAUGAAGAAAGACUGACGUGGCACGCAUAUCCUGAGGACGCGGAAAACAAAGAGAAAGAAUCUGCAAAGAGCUAAAGGAAGGGUGGCCUCUGUCAUUUCUCUUUGUACAUAACACAUUCACCUCCUUGCCUCCUCUCUCUUCUGCCCACCCCCUCCUAUCCUAAACACAUCCAUAAAAGAAAAAAAAAAUGUGCUUAUCACUGUGCUCCAGGGGAGAACGUUGAGAUUGGUUCUCUUGUAACAUAACUGAUGGUCUGAUUCAUGAUCGGCGCAUCUCGGUGAAGACCAGGCAUUCACAUACUGUGUGUCAUCCCCACGAUGUUUUCCUUUGCCCUUUGCCCUAAUCUUUUCCUUCUGCUCCCCUGUGACCUCAAGAUGAAUUUUAACUUUUUAAUCACCUUA